AAAUAGGAAGGGAAUGGACGCAUGGUGCAUACCUUCCUACCUAGUAACCUAUAUUUUAUACUGACCACUAGAGUUGACCUAGAAAAGCAAUCUUCAAACAAGAUAAGUAGGUAUUAUAUUUUAGUAGUGGUAACACAAAUCUCAACGAUUAUCUGUUCUUUUUUGUUCGUGAACCGUGGUAUGCAUAAUAAUAUUAAUACGUUAACUAAUUAUUGAGUGUAUUUUGAACCUACCUAGUUUGUACUUACCUAUAUGGAUGACUGGAUACGCAUAAUAUCUUAUAUAGACGAGUCGAAGUCUAAAAAGUCAGUUGUUUCAGUAUUUGGGCAAUAACCGUUUUCGCCGUCAUGGAAAGGUGGAGGGAUAGAGUAGCCAUCGUGACCGGGGCGAGUAGCGGCAUAGGAAAAGCGAUUGCUGUAGCUCUGCUGAAAAGCGGCAUGAUUGUCGUCGGUAUUGCCAGACGAGAAGAUCUCUUGAAGAAACUAAGCGAAGAAGUCGAUAGUUAUCGAGGGAAGUUUUAUUACAAAUCAUUUGAUAUCAGAAAUGAGAAACACAUAACCGAAUGCAUUCAGUGGACCGUAACCACUUGUGGAAGUAUCGACGUGCUGAUUAACAAUGCUGGAGUCUAUGAUGAAACGGAAUUAGUUGAUGAAUCGAUGGACCACGGAAAAAUGAUCAUGGAGACAAAUUAUUUGGCAGGAUGUAUUUUCACUAAAGAAGUGAUAAACGAGAUGAAACUGAAGGGUAUUGACAAUGGACACAUUAUCAAUAUAAAUAGCGUGGCAGGCCAUUAUAGAGCUGAACCAAUAAAAGCACUUAUUCAUAACGCCAGCAAACAUUGUAUAACAUUAACAACUGAUAGUAUUAGAAGGAUGUUGGUUAACGAGGGGAGUAAAAUUAAAAUAACGAGUUUAAGUCCAGGAGUGACUAUUAAAGAGUCAACAGAACAACAGUUAAAAUCAAUCCCUGAUAUGACAUAUCUAGAAACUCAAGAUAUUGCUAAUGCCACACUUUACAUUUUAGGAACACCGCCGAAUGUUCAAGUUUGUGAAUUGACAAUUCGAUCUGUUGGAGAAACCAUGUAUUAAUAUUUGAAUAAAAACAACAAUUGUUGAAUUGCAAUAAAAUACAAAAAAAACAUUAA